GGAACUGCUCUCCAGUCUCAGCACUCAAACUUUGGACUAUAUCGGAAGAACAGCGAACUGAGUGGAGAUUUAAGCCGCUAGAACUCAGUCUAUUCCCCUCAGGAACUCUUCAUAUCGCGACUUUUGGAUCUUUUGGACGCGUUCCGAGUGGGUCAGCGGUAUAAAAGGAUGAUGUUUACCACUCUUGAGCACGACUCGUCCCGCUGCAGCAGCGCCUCUCCCAGCGCGGGGAGCUACGGGUCUCCGGCUGGAGUUUACAGCUCACACAGCCAGGAUUUCACUGACCUGGCCGACUCACCAUCUCCCUUCGUGCCCACGGUCACGGCCAUCUCCUCCUGCCCUGACCUACAGUGGAUGGUCCAGUCAGUGGUGUCCUCAGUGGCACCCUCCACCGGCAGAGCUCACCCUUACAGCCCAAACAGCACCAACACCUCCUUCUCCAGAGCCAAGAUGAUCAAAUCGGUUGGAAAUGGUGCUCAGAGCUCCAGCAGGAGGGGCAGAAUUGAGCAGCUUGCUCCAGAAGAAGAAGAAAAAAGGCGUCUUCGCCGUGAGCGGAACAAGAUGGCUGCAGCCAAAUGCCGCAACAGAAGACGUGAACUCACUGACACCCUCCAAGCUGAAACUGACCAGCUUGAGGACGAGAAGUCUACUCUGCAGAAUGAUAUCGCCAACCUGUUGAAGGAAAAGGAGCGGCUCGAGUUCAUCCUGGCCGCUCACAGGCCCAUCUGUAAGAUCCCAACUGAGAUGGACACGGCCUUUCCCGAGCCUUCCAUCUCCCCAGCUCAGCCUGUCUCUGAGAUCCCUCCCGUCACCGCUUCCUCUGUUACUUCCAGGCUGACCGAGACGAUGUCCUCAGCUUCCUCUUCAGUGUUCUCUAACCCUUCCACUGACCUCAUGACCUCCACAGUGAAGAUCUCUGACCUUGACCCAUCCCUGGAGGCGUCCUUGGAGUUUCUGGCCAAGUCUGAGCUGGAUACGGUGCGCUCUGUGCCUGAUGUUGACCUGUCAAGCUCCCUGUACGCUCAAGACUGGGAACCCUUGUACACGUCGGCCAACCUGGACCUGGAGCCUCUGUGCACGCCAGUGGUCACCUGCACACCCGCCUGCACCACCUACACGUCUUCCUUCGUCUUCUCGUAUCCAGAGAGCGAGGUCUUCCCCGUCUGUGGCCAGCUGACCCGCCGGGCCAGCAGUGGCAAUGAUCAGUCGUCCGAUUCCCUCAACUCUCCAACCCUUCUUACUUUAUGAACUCAUAAACAGCAGGGGUGUAAAUUGAUAUCAACAAUAUGAUCGCGAUUCAGGCAUCCAACUUUAGAUUUGGUUUUAGUUCAUCCUGACUAAAAGAACGACAACAAACCCUCAAUAUAUACACUCUCUCAUAUUGUAGUUGAAUCGCAGCCUUCUGUACUUUCAUUUACACCCCUGUCCAAAAACAGACCUCAUUAAAAACACUUACAGACUCUUUAACUGUUCAGGGCUACACAACUGACUCCACUAAGCAAAUGUUUCUUUAUGUAUUUAUUUAUUUGAAGCAUUUCUUGCCUCUUGCAUAUGUAGCAAGUUUAAGCAUGGUUGAAUACUUUGGUGUGUAUUAACUAGUUAUGUUACAUUAUGCAGAUAAUACAAUGUAGAAAAUAGGUUUUUAAUUUUACUGGUGCUAGAUAACUGUAAUGUGGUCUGAGCAAUACAGAACUGACUUUGUUUUCCACAUUGUGUGAACUGUUCUUCACUAAACUGUUGUGCUUGGUUUAUUUAACCAUUAUAAAUGAAAUGGUCUGAAGUUUUCUGUGAAAACGUUGUAUUUAUGGAUUUGUAUUUUUGUACCGAAAUGUGAAAAUGCAACCUGAACAGGGUUUGCAAACCUAGAAAUAAAUAUAUUAAAUGUA